GAGUAAUUCAUUUAUGGCUUUAAUUGUUCUACAGUAAAACAAUCCAUAUCAUUUGCAUCACGCCCCCUAAACUUACUUUAAAAAAUCUUCCUGUCCAACCAGAAGCUGCCACUGUUGUAUGCAGGAUGUUUAUGUUUAGAGGUAUAUGCUCUCAGUUCCCUUCCUUUAACCCUCUCAGCGCGCACACACACACACACACACACACACACACACACACACACACACACACACACACACACUCACUCACACACACACACACACACACACACACUCACACACACUUUCUCUCUUUCUCAUUUACCUUCAUUCAUUACCCCACGCCCGCAGUGUGAUAAAGGAAAGCGCGCCUUUCAAAAUGAUUACAAAGCUAGACAGUGUGCUUUUGCCCAGAAAAAAGUUUAUCUACCAUUACAAGAACGUACGCUGGGCUAGGGGUCGGCAUGAGACAUAUCUCUGCUUUGUGGUGAAGAGGCGAGUGGGCCCAGACACCUUAACUUUUGACUUUGGACACCUCCGCAAUCGCAAUGGCUGCCAUGUAGAGCUCCUGUUCCUGCGCUACCUGGGAGCCUUGUGUCCUGGCUUGUGGGGGUAUGCAGGUACUGGAGAGAAGAGGCUAAGUUACUCCAUCACCUGGUUCUGCUCCUGGUCCCCCUGUGCUAACUGUUCUGCCAGACUGUGCCAGUUCCUUCACCAGACACCUAAUCUUCGGCUCAGGAUCUUCGUCUCUCGUCUUUACUUCUGUGACAUGGAGGACAGCCGUGAAAGAGAGGGAUUAAGAAUGCUGACAAAAGCUGGUGUGCAGAUCACAGUCAUGAGUUACAAAGACUUCUUCUAUUGCUGGCAGACCUUUGUGGCCCGUAAGCAGAGCAACUUUAAGGCAUGGGAAGAGCUGCAUCGAAACUCUGUACGCCUUACCAGAAAACUCAGCCGCAUCCUCCAGCCCUGUGAAAUAGAUGAUUUAAGAGAUGCCUUCAAGCUUCUUGGACUGUGAAACCUACCUAUGACUUCCUCUGGUGUGACCAUUAAAUCUAUCAUUAUUAAGUCUAUGGAGAAAAAUAAAUGCUGGUGUUUUUCCAUUCACUACAACUGCUAAACUGAGAAUAAGAAAAAAACUGAGAAAAAUAGCUUUCGAGUUGCAGCAAGGCUUGUGUGAGUAGUAAGAUGCUGCUUUGUGUUUCUGUUGCAAUGUGGCCAUGUGAAAUAAAAUAAUACACAGUG